AUGUCGCACCGCCACGCCCCCCUAAACGCCAAAGCCGAACCCAAGACCAAAUGGACCGGUGAUCUGGUACCUCACAACGACAACAGGUCACUUACUGUCCCUGUGACGCGACGCCAGAUGGACAUGUACUCCCGGGAAACUGCCCCAAAAAGAACCACCGCCAACACAGUCCGACGCGCUCGCAAAGACGCCAACAAGGGCUUUCGGCUUGAGGUCAGAGAAGCCAUUUCCAGUGACUCGUCCGCCGACGAGACCACCAUCCAGCACGAGGACACUGUGCCUGUGGUGGCCCUGGGUGAUGAGGGAUACUUUGCCUACGACGCCGGUGGCGAGAACGUGCUCUUGGCCGCUCUUUCCAACGCCGAGACCAAGUAUGAGAACAAAGUGGUUGAGAACAUCGUCAAAGAGUACGAACUCAUCUCCCACGACGAGUACGCUGCCGGACUGGGUUAUGCGGCUGAUAUCGACGAUUUUGAGGUGAUAGACCAUCACUCUGUUUAA